CUUGUCACGUCACCCAGGAGGCGCAGGGCUGUACCUGGUGACGCAUCCCCCUCUCCUCACCCUCAUCCUGCCCGGGGGGUGGGAUGGGCCCUGCCAGCCCCGUGCCCACGGGGAGGACUGCCCGGGGCACAGGUGCAGCCAGGUGUGUUGCACAGGUGGGCCGCUCCUCGCUGCUGGUGGGGGCCCUGCACAAGCAGUAUGCGCAGGAGCUGCUGCCGGACAAGCUCCCAGCGCAGGACAACACCACCACCACCGACUCGGACAUGGAGGAGCCGUACCUGCAAGGUGUCCCUCCACGCCCCCCAGAAUCCAAAGAGGAGGGGAACCCCCCCAAGUUGAAGUGUGAGCUCUGCGGCCGCGUUGACUUCGCCUACAAGUUCAAGCGCUCCAAGCGCUUCUGCUCCAUGGCCUGUGCCAAGAGGUAACCCCAAAACCCACCAUCCCCU